CAAUCGGGUGUAUUAAUAUUGUCCGGUGUGCCCGCACUCGGCCGUGAAAAUUCUCCCGGUAAUAUGCAAGAAACAUAGUUUCUCGUUCACACGACUAACAAUACGUUCCGGUCGCUUUGUUUCGCAAAAGAACGGGAAGAACUGACGGGUCGUAUGACGUGAGAUCUUUAUGUAAGCGUGGAUGCGCCGGACAACAUUAAUACACCUGAUUGUACAUGCAUAUGUGUGGAAGUUCGUGCCUGCCUUCAUCGUGCACAACUCUCGACCCCACCUCAGCGUGUCCUACCGCUGACGUCCCACCUCUACCCGUCGUGUCCCAUGUCAUACACCUUGAUUUCGUACAUUGUACACCUUUCGGGCUCGCGGGUAUGAGACACGCCGUAUCACAGCAGUCAUGAAUUCUGAAGACACAAUUGAUAAUGCAACAGCAGCAGCAGCUAGUCCUUCUGGUGUAGCUAUGAAAACAAAAAAUUGGGUCCAAUUUGAGGAAGAGCCAGGUCCAAAGGAAACUACUGAUGUGGAGAGGAAAACUAACAGCGGCACACCAGCUGUAAUACAACCUGAGUCAGUAACAGUGCAAGUUGACAAGAUUAAUAAAAGUAUUGAGCAGCCUGAUAUUAAUGAUAAGGAAACUAAUGAGUAUAGAGGUGCUGUGAUAGCAACUGAAUCCGUCCAGAUUAAUUUAGAUAGAUCAGGUUUAAACCGAUCUAUCACGUCCGAUACUCCAGAUCUUAAAUUAUCACCUGAUGUUAGAGCAGCUGAAGCCAAAAGUGCUUCUUUAAAAACUAUUGAUCUAAGAGAUACGUCUAAUGGUAGAAGCACAUCGAGCAAUGUUAUCAAUACGUCUAUUGGAAACAUCAGACAGGGUUUUGCGAAUGGUGAUACUAUUGUUACCCUUUUACCAGUAAAUACCAGAUGGCCAUGGAUUACUCCAGCCAGAUUUAGACCAGAAUUAGUGCCAGAAGAAUUAAUGGCACAGGGACUAACGCUCACAGUGGAAGAUUAUGUUCACAUAAUGGAAUUACUUGUAAACGACGUACGUUUUAACAUGUAUAAUGUAUGCUACAAGAGGAUUCUUGUCCUUUGGAUAUUCAUCGCCUUUGUUGUAUUACUCGGUCUGCUAUUCUCUGGAGUGACUGGUCUUACUUUAUUUGGAUUUGGUGUCAUGUGGUUGGUCCUGAAUGCAGCUGCAAUAUUUGUUUGUAUGUUCAUCAAGAUAAAGCUCAAUCAUAAUCUCGAAAAAUGUAUGGCUCAAGUUAAUAAACAUUUAUUGAGGCAUAAAAUAUUACUGGGAUUGGACGAUAGAGGGAAGAUCUCAUGCCACAAAGUCAAUCUGUGUUUUAUAUACUUUGAUACUGCCGACUGUGUUAAAAAGCUACAGGAAGUUAUAGAAAGAGAAGAACGGGAAGGUAGAGUAAUCGGUGGUGCUGAUGACGCGAGCGAAUUAAGUCGACAACGAGAAUUACAACAGCGUAUGGAUAUUGAUGACAGUGACAUUGUUAUACAAGGCAGCACUACUACGAGAAUAUCUCGUAAACAGGGUAAGAACGAACAAGUAUUCUGCCGUUAUGUGCAACGUUGGGCGAAGGAUUACUUACGUCGACGUUUGGAUUGGACAGUUGACGAAGAGGGUGGAAAUCCUUCUUCGCCUCGUCACUUAGCAUCCGCUCUGUGUCCAUGUCAAUAUAUAGAGGAAUGGUUACGUAAUAAGCCACGCGUUCAGGGCCGAGACUUUUGUCCUAGAUGGAGUAGCUUUCUGAGAGAUAGAGGCAUUUAAAAAGAGUAUUGUUCUAUAUCUCAAAAAGAAGUUUAUAUAAACAGAUUUAUAUAAAUUUUAUUGCAUAUGUGUGUGUUUACGCACAGAAGUUAUAUAAUUAAUGAUGCUCUUAUUUUAUGUUGUUAUAACAACAUAUAGCAACUUUUUUUCAAUGUGCUCUAAAUGCAGAACAAUAUAUAUAGGGUUUUUAAAAAUAUAUAAGAAAAAUCUUUACACAUUUACGGGUGUGUAGUAAGUUGGACAUUUAAAAAAAGCAGCUUUAAAAGAAAACUGCUGGUUAAUUUUAUCAAAUUAUGACUUAUAUUAUUGCACGUAGUUUAGAAAGUUAACUAUAAUUUAUAUUUAUAAAAAUGGCCAUUUUUUAAAGUAUAUAUAUACAACUAAAUCGCACAAUAUAUAAUAUAAAUGCAUAUAAAAAAAUAUAAGCUUUAAAUCAGGCUUCGUUACGUUAAAAAGUUUUAAAGACAUUUUAUACAUUCGAAUUGCUAGUGAAUGUGAUUGAAGCUUUUCAAUACACUAGCAGAUAUAUUGACGCAGUUGCUUUUUUAUAUCUCGAUCAUUUUUUCCUAUUAUCGUAUUUAUAAUUUCUUGAAAAUUACGUUUAUAAAUCUUGUGUCAUUUAUAUCUAUUUAAUCUGUUUAAUUGUUUUAAAUGUACUUAAUACUUUGCUUUAUAUUAAAGGAAUAUUAAAGUAUACAAAUAAUUAUAUAGUAUGACAUGAUAAAUACUCUCAAUUACAUGCACUGGUUAAAAUUGGCAUAAUUUAUACUAUUUGAUAUAAUUUAUUGGUAUAACUUAUAUUGUAUUAGUAUAAUUUAUUUUAAUAAUUUAUAUUAUAUAGUAUAUAUUUAUAUUUUGCCAAUUUCAAUUUUCCAUGUUAUAGACAUGGUAAACCAUGUUAUAGAUAUGGUAAAAAUGUGCCUUAAUUAUCAUAUUUUUAUCUGAUAAAUAAAUACAGAAAUAAUUUCUGUAUUUACGGCAUCAAAACUAUAUCACUUAUUAAAUUUCAAUUUUAAUCAUGUUUGCUAAUAUAGUUUAUUGAUAGUUUUCCACUUUCAAGUGGAAGCUCGUGUUUGAUUCAUUCCACAUUUAUUGAAAAUAAAUUCUAACUUAGUAUUAAAUCUGAUAUAAAUAUGGCCUUGGUACUUAAUAAACUAAAGAUAAUCUAAAUAAUAUGAUAAUCUUUACUUUGACAAUCUAUUAUAUAUACAUAAUUCCAUUAAAAAAGAGUAUUUUUUAUAUAAAAAUAAAGAACAAUAGUCAAUUAUAUGUAUAAUGUGCAUAGAUAUGUAAUUGACUCUUAUUGACCUUUAUUCUUAUAUUGUUUAAUUUUAAUCAAAAAUUUUCCCACAUAUAUCGUAUAUCUUUGAGACAUACAUGUUGUGUGGGUUACAAUCAUUUACUUCCGUAUUACUUAUAUGAUAUCGAUAAAUUUUAUAUAUAUAAGCCUAUUAACACAUUCUUAAAAAUCAUGCUUUAUGUUCUUAUAUAUUUCGGGAACUAUCGUUAAAUUCUUGCAUAUUAAAGAAAUUCUUAAAAUUUUUACAAUUAUUUUUAAUUAUAAUCUUAAUCACAAAUAUAUUAUUGACAUUGUAUAAAGAAUAUUUUAAAAGACAUACCUCUGAAAUGGUGAACAUAUGUCUUUUAAUUAAUAAUGAGCAUCAUAAAUUUUAUAAACAUGCUAUAAUUUUUCAUGACAUCAUCCAAUUUUUUAGAUAUAAUAGCAUAACUAAUUCCCAUUAUAUUACAUAAUUUACACACAAAAUUAUAUGUUAUUUAUAAGAUCUCGUUAUUGUAAUUUCACAUAAGUUAAAUCGUUAUUAUAGCCGAUAAAAGUUGCGAGUUAUCUAAAGUAUUGUUUGUUUACCGU